UUCACCAAUAUCAAAUGCGUUGUUUUGUGAAUUUGGCUCUCUUAUUUUUCCUAUAAUUCUAUUGUAGCUUUAAAAUGUAUUAGGCAAUAGGCAUGGAAGAAUUCUAUAAUCGCUAUCUCCGUGCUUGCAAAGAAUGCAACGUCAGUCCUUUGGAAUGUGUUGAUUCUCAAAUGCAGCUUCACAACAAGGAUGGCGAGAGAAUUCUCGAUUUGUCAUCUUGUAGCCUUUCUCCGGAAGAUUGUUUUGCACUAGCAAAAACAUUUGCGCUCGAUACGUUCUUCAAAGAUGUGCGUUUCACCGACUGCCUGUUGAACGAGGAUUCGUCUAAGAUACUCUUGUGUGGCUUCUUCCACACAAAAUCCUUAAAAAACUUGGACCUCAAGGGGAAUAAUUUACGAAGCUCUGGUGCAGAAAUCGUUGGCCUGUUUCUCACCAAAAAUACGUCGGUUCGAUGCUUGCGUUUGGAUUGGAACUCUUUGGGACUUUGGGGUAGUGGACUUGGCAAGUUGGCAGAGGGUUUGGUUAUAAAUGAAACGUUGCUCGUGCUGGAUCUGAGGAAUAAUCAAAUAUCUCAUCAUGGUGCGAAGGAAUUGGCUUUGGCACUCAAAAGCAAUUCAACAUUAAAGGCACUUGACUUGCGGUGGAAUAAUGCUGGUCUCCUUGGUGCUCGUGCUUUCCUAUCAGCUUUGCAGUAUAACAAGUCGUUGACCACCUUGGAAUUGCAAGGAAACAAUGUGCCUCAAGAUAUUGUAAAGGCCAUCACUGUUGCAUUAAAUUUGAAUGCUGAGAGGGAAAGUGCAAGAAACGAGGAGGCAAUGAGGACGGACAAGAUGAUGAAAACCAUUGAAAAAUUGAAUUUGAAAAUACAAUGCAGAUUUGAGAUUGGCGUCGUCUUGUUGCAGGUUUCCAUGUUGCAAAAAAAACUUGACGCACAAGGAAAAGAAAACGAAGAGCUGUCGAAAUCAAGUAGCGACAGAAUAAAUCUAUUGAAGAAAUCUUUGAAAGAAAGUGAAGCAUCUUUUAAUGAGAUUUCAGCGCAGGUGGAGUCUUUGAAGAAUGAAACAGCGAUCAAAGACAACAAGAUAUCAACCUUGGAAAAAUCAUUGAUUGAUGUUAGAAACGAGCUUUCUUCGGAGAAGGCUCAGCGCACGGCCAUAGAAAGCGAUUUUCAAAGAUUAAAGGAAGAAAAGUCAAAGCUUGAUAUUACACUUGCCGAACUGAAGGAACACAAACUCGCUUCUAAAGAUUCAAUUUUGAAAUUGGAAAGUGACAUCGCUAAGGCGAUUGCGGAGCAUAAGAAUGCGAUGACAGAUCUGAAAGCGAGCCACGAACGGGCUCUGGUUGAACUCGUGGACAAAAACGCAAAAGAAGUGGAGCAUUUGCGUGUGAAUUACGAGGAGUUAGAUGCCAAACUGAAAGGUAGAAUUGAAUGUGUUGAGAAGGAGAAAAUUGAAGCCCAAGAACAGGUCAGUCUACUGAAAUCCGAGUUGGUAUCAAACGGACUGAAACACAAGGAAGAAAUGUUGAGCACGACGACACAGCUUAAGCACGAACAACGCUUCUCUUCGAAACAAUACGAAGAUCGUUUAAAUACGUUGCAAAACUCGCGUGAUGAACUUCAUUCUCAAGCAAAUAAGUAUCUCGCUCAAAUUUCCGAGUUACAGAAGGAAGUAGGGCAAUUGAGAAAGGACCUUGACUUGAAAGCAGAACGGGAUGCCGCAGAGAAUGAAUGGCGGCAGAAAGAAAACAAGAAUGUGGCGGAAGUAUCUCGCUUGAGAGUGGAGUUGGAGUCUGAAAAGCGAAUGAAAAAUGAUCUAGAAGAAAGGAUUAUGAAUGUAGAAGUGGACAGGAAGAACCGCGAAAGACAACAGAAAGAUAUGCUUGCAGAAAAAGCUCGUGAAAUCGAGUCUUUGGAACAAAAGGUUUUGGCAAGAGAAACGGAUCUGAAGAGACAGCGCGAAGACGAAAUGAGGAGAGCAGAACUUUUGCAAUCCGCCAUCAGCACAUACGUCAGCAGUACAAGGUCGUCGACAUUUACUUCCCCCUCGAAAUAAGUGGGUAACAGUUACAUACUGGUGGGAAUGCUGGAUCAGUCUCAAAUAUUAAAGGUGCAUUGUUGUAAAUUCUGGUAUGUGCCAAGUGACGUCUUGAACUUUUAGCAUGCAGCAAAGCACAAUUUUCAAGGGCGGCGGAAGAUUGAUAAUUGGAGGGCUAAUAUCUAUAUAUUCGUGAUGGGCUAUAUCUUUUCUAGUUACGGAUUAUACCCCAUGUAUGUAUGAAGCUCCCCCACCCCACGAUUAUCACUCUUUCGCUGUCCUUGUACAAAGCAACCGACAAUGUGAAUUGUUCUUCAUAGUUGGCAAACCAUUCACUUGAGAUUGUGUUAUUGUCAAUGACUUACUGUAGAACCCAUUCUUCUAGAUAUCCGACUCGUUUUAUACACUGUU